GAAGAAGAAGCAAAACUGAGAGAGGCAGCAGGACUGGAGCGAACCCAGCAGUCUCAGCCUCAUGCUUCACUCUGGGCACUUCUCCUCCUCCUCCUCCCUCCUCCUCCUCCUUCUCCUCCUCCUCCUCCUGUCGUCAACAUUGUGACAAUAUUUAUUUUUUAUUUGUAUUAUUUUAGCCACAAAAAAAAAAAAAAAAGGCAAAAAAAAAAAAAAAAAGGUGGAGGGGGGGAGAAGGAGAAGGGGGUCGAGUCAUGGAGCUGUAUUGCCUGGAGUCGGACACAGUCGUGAGAGCCCAGCCUGACCCAAACAUCCUCUAUGAUGACAGAGUGUUGCAAAGUUUAUUAACAAUUGAGGACAGGUUUUUACCUCAAUGCUCUUAUUUCCAGCGGGUCCAGAAGGAUAUUCAGCCUUAUAUGAGACGAAUGGUUGCAGGUUGGAUGCACGAGGUGUGUGAAGAGGAGAAGAGUAAUGAAGACGUCUUCCCUUUAGCCAUUAACUAUUUAGACAGAUUUUUAGCGGUGAUGCCCACAAGAAAGAGCUAUUUGCAGCUUCUGGGAGCUGUGUGCAUAUUCCUGGCCUCCAAGUUAAAGGACUGCAGGCCGCUGUCAGCAGAAAAACUUUGCAUGUACACAGACAACUCCAUCACGCCACGGGAACUGCUGGACUGGGAGCUGGUCGUGCUGGGGAAGUUGAAGUGGAACAUGGCCUCGGUCAUCCCCAAUGAUUUUAUAGAACACAUCGUACGCAGGCUCCCCCUCCCCAAAGACAAGCUGGCGAUGGUCCGCAAGCACACGCAGACAUUCAUUGCCCUCUGUGCCACAGAUGACCGCCUUGCCAUGAACCCUCCUUCCAUGAUCGCCACCGGCAGCAUGGGAGCUGCUAUCUGUGGCCUGCAGCUGGACCACACUGACCAGAGGCUGAGUCGAGACAACCUUACAGACCUGCUGGCCAAGAUCACCAACACAGAGGUGGACUGUUUGAGGGCCUGCCAGGAGCAAAUAGAGCGUGUGCUGGCCACCAGCCUGCAGCGGAACCAGCAGUACCGGCAGGAGAACGGCGUGAGAGCCGGCAGCAAGGCCAGGGAGCAGCAGGACCAGUCCAGCACCCCCACAGAUGUACGUGACGUCAACUUAUGAACCUCUGACGUCAACACACACCUCUCUGCCUGUCUACCAAUGAACUAACCGGAGCGAGGUGAGGCAUGAGCUGCCAGUGUCUACGUCGAGGCGCCACAUCGGCGAUGGUGUGACAAUCUAUGAACUUUUAGAAAAUAAGAAAUUACUAGUUUUUCUCCUCCUUUUUUUUGCCCCACUCAUACCUGGUUGGGUGUACUAUCACCUUUUUGUAUGGGCUUCAUGUAAUCAAACAACUAUUUAAGAAAAAAAAAAAACAUCUUGAGAACUUGAUAGUGCCUUAGGUUUUUCCCAGAAUGGAAACCUGAAUAUAUAUAUUUUCAUACUUGAAAAAAAAAGCAUAAUUUUAUUAAAUAUACAUAUUUCUUUUGAUAAAACAUAUUAAAAAUAAAUAUGAUAGAUAAUGUAUAUUUAGCUAGCAGUUAGUUAUGUUACUCUUUUAUCAUCUUUAGUGAGCAGUUAUCACUUCAAAUGUGCAGGAAAACUCCUAUAGUAGUAAGAAUGCGGAUUAAGUACAUGGCAUUUAAACCAAGCUGAUAAACAGUCAGAGGAUCGCUACUGUAGCUAGCUGCUCUGUAGCUCUAUCUAUCAUACUGUGCACCUGUAGCACUGCUUCCUAUUUAUGCUGUAAAGUGCUGGCCAGGAGUGGGCUGGGCCUGCUCACAGAGGAAGGGCAUGAGGGGCUUUGAGGCGUUGAGCAGUGGUUUCCUAUAAAAGUUAACAUAGAGGACAAGGUCAGUUAUUAAGGUCUUGAUUUCACUGCCACAUCCAGUACAGUAUGCUAAUUGGACGACAUGUAUGUGCAUUAUAAUUCAGCUAGGCUACAUUAUUAUUGUUCUGUUCUUGUUCUAGCUCCAACAUGUUAGAGAGUGUUUGGUAGAUGGUUUGUAGGCGAUUUUAUGCCUCAGCUAGGUUAGAUGUCAUGUUACGAGAGGGAAAGGAUUUUUUGAACGUUUUUUUACCAGGAUGAGAGGAAAUAGAUGGAGGUUGAAGGUUUUAUGGUGAGGGUUCUUUUUUUUUUUGGCGAAAAGAAACGUAUGUGGAAAGAGGGUAGGAUGCUAGAAGUGUAGAUUGGUGAAUGACAGCGAAUUGGCGAGGAAGUUAACUUAAGCUAUGUAAUGUUUCUGCAGUUGCACGUUACUUGAGUGACACACAGGAGGAGGAGGAAUCUCUGGUGAUGUCCGGAGGGGAUCAGAUUAGUUGAGCUGAAGUUUCUCCUGUUAUCAAUUUCCAUUUCUUGGAACAAUAUUGAUGCACUUUUAAAAACACACUCCUUAAGAAUGGUAAGGGGAUGGUGGUUGAGGAGAGUUCAAUGGGUUGUUAGGACCUUCUUUUUUUUUUUCUUCUGUAAGUUAUUUGAUUAUUUUUUUUUUCUGGGCUGGAUUCCCAUGGGGUAACGCACAUUGUCUUGAAAGCUACGCCCCGAUAGAUGAGCAGACGUAGGAUAAUCGGUGUUAUAGUAUAAUAGAAUAUAAACUUAUGCUAUGUUCACGCCGAACGCGAAGUGAAUUCCCGCGAGAGUUUGAUUGCAGGAUAAUUUGUGUUUAUUCGCGUCAAACAUAUCGGCCGGUUUACAACAGCUGUAGUGGGGGAAAAAAACGAUUUUGUUGUAAAUCAAUGGCAAUAAACGGAUAAAAGACAGAUUAUUAUUUGAACAAUUUAGUCUGGACGACAGGAGGAGAAUCUCUACGCCGAUAUGCUUUCACGACACAGCGCCGCGCGAAUUUCUCGCUCGUCUAUUCGUGUUUUGGCAUUGACUUUGCAUGUAAUCGCGCCGCGCGACAAGUUCACUUCGCGGUUGUGGUGUGAACACAGCAAAUGGAAAACCAAGUCACUUGUAGACUUUUUUGAUUCAGUGCGUUUAUUUAACCUUACUUGAAUUUUUGUGAAUCCAUAACCAAAACCUUCCAACAGUUCUUUCAAAGAGUUACACACAUACUGUGUCCAUGUUUUUUUUGCUCAUUUUAUGUAAACUGCUCUCUGAACUGAAGUUUUAAAAUGACUUUUCUCCACUAUAGACAUGGGUAGGUAGGGGUUUACAUUGUAUGAACGUUUUGACUGUAUAUAACCAUUUUCCCCAUUAGCAGAAAUGCUAAAAUUGUCCUCAUUACGUUUUAGAACAGAAAUUUUGUUUCCAAAUUGUAUUCUUGCAUGUUCUGUUGUGCAGAAAGCCAAAUGUUUCCAAAAAAAGUGCUUCAAACAGAAAAAAAUGUUUAUGCUUUUAAAGGUUUUGUGUAUAAUUUAAAAGAGAUAAUUCCAAAGUGAGAAAACGAGAUCAUACACAUAAUUCUUUUGCUGCUAUGAAGCUUUUGUUUUCCAGUCUUACACAAAGAUGCCUUAUAUUGAUUCACGUGUGUGCUGCUAUAUUAUGAAAUGUUGUAUACGUAACAAGUCUUCUUUGCUUUUCUGUUUUAUGUGUACUGGAGGGAACGUAACAGUUUGGUGCGGGACUGGAAGUACUUGUUUUUUGCCGAUCUCUUUUGAUUAGCAUGAUUUAUUAUUUUUAUUGUUUCAAUUGUAUCUUUAUAUUCUACCAUAUUCUUGCUGCUUCUUUGUAAUGUUUGUGUACCUCAGGUUAAUUUGGACGGAUAGAGCGAGAGCCCAUCUCUCAUUACCUCAUCAAACUUCACAUCACUCACACGUUGUUUUCACUCUGAAUUUGUUGGACGGGUUUUACUUUUUUCUGUCUGGAUGAGAGGAAGAACGAUGCUUCUUCUCUUUAAAUCAAGAACGGUCUGUCGCCAGAUUCCCCUUAGCCGUUAUAAGUGCCUAUACAUUAAAAGAGGUUAUUUCAUAUAUCUUAGUAAAAAAUGGCCCAUACUGUAUGUUAUACAUGUAUUGGAAAGACAAAAAAAUAUAUAUCUUUCUAAUUUCAUUGCCAUGUUAAGAUCAGUUCAUUGGAAUAAAGUGGAAUAUAUAUAUUUUUUGAGGUACCCAUUUAGUCAAAGUUCAAACCACGAGGAUGUUUUAUCAUUGUUCAGUGUGGUUGUUUUUCUAAACUCCUCUCCCACUAUCCCCACGUGCAACCACACAGUGUACCUCAACAAUUUCUCCUCAAUAAAUUGGCUA